UCCAGCAGGAUGUCCUUUUAGGUGCAAGAUGGCUCUCGAUCGGGGUAUUAUAUUUGUUCCACUGAGUCUCGCAGUUACCACUCGGAUACGGACCUCUUCGGCUGCGUUCGAGGGAUAGAUGCUGGAUUUGGGCCCCUUCAUGACCAUGUCAUGAGAAUGGCACCGGACUACUUAGUCCGUAAAAUUCAAAAAAAGACAUAGUAGGCGUGGUAGGAUAAAUAUAAAUGCGGUGUGAAGACUUUACCGUGAGGAUCCCAAGGACUUCUGCAGCAUUAGGCCCGGAUAAGUAAUCAAGGAAGUUGUCCCAGUAAAUGCGCUUGAUUCAGCAGCGUGAUUCGCUAUCCGUUAUGUUCAAAUGAUUUUGAUUUUUAUUUUUUAGUAUCACGGCACACAUGGGGUAAUACCUUGCGUACAUCAACCUUGGUCAAGAUUUGUUUACGAAUGCGACACACUUUGUGAAAAGCAAGGACGCUGCCUUUCCUAUCGACCAGAACGAAAGUAAUACCUACGUAAAAAGUGAUAUGUUUGAACGAUACCUAUCGGCGCUUCAAUAUCCUCGCGUAGGACAGCUCAACAUCGAUGAUCCGAAAGAUUUCCGUAGCUUCGUACUGUGGCUGGAGGAUCAGAAGAUUCGCUUCCUGCCCAUCGAUGGUCGGGAACCACUGAGAAAAAUCAACGCCCCCGUGGAAUGGAAUCAAGCGUACGAGAAAUAUAAGCAGGACAUACGACUGCCGACGCAUCUAAAAACAAAGCAAGAGGAAAUAACGUGGUUGCUGCUGUAUGCGAUCCGGCUCGAGUACACCGACAAUGCGGAACAGUACCGCUCUAUAACGGGAGCUAAGAAGUUGGAAGAGGAGGCAACGAAAUCCAGCGUACCGGAAGUGCAAUCCACCAACCCGUUCGAUGCGUUUGACUUUACCAGCGCGGACUUUGAGGAGGGAUCGUGGAAGCUGGCCGAACGGCUUGGGAUCGCUUACCAUCCGGACCAUCUAGUGUCACUACAGGCGGCCGCCAAAGUAAUUAGCAGUGCGUACAGCAAGGAAGCCCUCAAGGAACAGAUCAUCACGGGGCAACCGUUCCCGAUCGAGCAGGGCAGUGGGGUGGGGCUCGAAACGGACCAAGAUUUGGGCCAGUGUGCAAGGAUAUUGCGCCUGCUACAGAUUCAAAACAUUCGCCAACUGCAAACGACCAUUAACGAAACGAUUGUGGCGGUGCAAAACGUGACGGCGGAUCCGCGGACCGAUACCAGUCUAGAUCUGAAGGAAUUCCGCUCGCUGGUCUCAUGGUUGGAGGAUCAGAAAAUACGCCAUUACACGAUUGAAAACCGGGAAAACUUGAAGCAGAUCGGUUCGGUCGAGGUUUGGGAGGCGGCGUACGACAAGUACAAGAUCGACGUCGGGCUCCCGUACGAGCUGGAAACGCGACAGGAGCAACUGACCUGGCUGCUGCUGCACGCCAUCCGGCUGGAGUAUUCGGACAACGUCGAUACCUACCGACCGCUGAGCGGUGCCCGGAAGGUGGAGGAACAGAAGAAAUCAAACGCACCGGAAGUGAAGUCGACCAAUCCGUUCGAUAGUCUCGAUUUCACCAACGCUCAGUUCGAGGAAGGCGCCCGAAAGCUUGCCGACCGGCUUGGCAUUGCCUACCAUCCCGAUCAUCUCGUAUCGCUGCGUGCGGCCGGUCGUGUGAUUCACGACUGCUUCAACAAGGAAACGCUAAAGGAGCCGCUCAUCGCCGGGCAACCGUUUGUGCUGGUGGGGGCCGCCGAUAGCAGCAAGAGCAACACCAUCACCACCAGCACAACAGGCAAACCACCGCAUACGGACGCCGAGCGGGAUCUGGAAAAGGCGGCCCAGAUACUACGGUUGCUGCAGAUACAGAACAUGCGCUCAAUGCAAACCACGAUCAACGAAACGAUUGUGGCAGUGCAGAACGUUACCGCCGAUCCGAAAACGGACUCGGCACUGGGGAAGGUGGGCGUGUAAGGGGAAGGCAAUACUUGUGAUACGUACAACUGCGUACAUACUUAAACUAUGUUAUAAUUAAUAAAAAUCCGGUCAAUCAUUGUUUCUAUUUAA